AUGGCCUCCAACCAGACCCCCACCGAAUUCCCCUACACCCUCACCAUCUCCCUCCCUCUCCCUACUAACCGCCUCGCAUCUUCCGCCCUACGCACCCUCGAAGUCGACACCGAGCUCUCCCCCUUCGUGAAGCGGAGCUUCGCCCUGACCACCCCCACCAAAGAGCCAACCGCGUCCGAGGAAGCCAAAACCGUUCUGGAGACGACCUACCGCGCAACCACGAACCGCAUGCUGCGCGUCGCCGUGAACGGCUUCAUGGAGAACCUGGGUGUUGUACUUGGAGUGAUGGAGGAAUUGGACGUGGAUGUGUUGGACGCGGAGGACGAGAAAUGA